UCCUCCAGUUUACCUAUAUCAGGUGACCUUUUAAAUUGCUUUGGUUGGUGUAGUUCUCCAAAAUCAGAACAUCGAAUAAAGUAUCCUGUCACAAACAGUGAAGGCAAUAUUAGUUUGGUCUGGGAGAGGGGUACUUACCCGAGAGUUUUACUGUUUACGAGUCAUUGAGUCCGCCAGUGGCACUCAGCGCCAUCUACAGGUGUCAUACGAUCUCCAUAUCCACUGCCUUCUCUUUCAUCUUCUUGUCCCUCCCUUACUCCUCCUCCGUCAUUACCAACUUAGAGCAUUUACAGACAUAACGGGAUGCCCCACCCCUCUCAAUCCCCAUCGCCAAUCAACCGCAAGUAAAAAUUAAAAAAAAAAAGAUUUCCACCCGUGAUUAGAAGACUGAAGCUGACGGAGGACUAAAACACUCGGGGCUUCAAUUUAAUGGAAGCGAGUUUUAACACUCCCUUUCUCCGCUGUUUAGCUCUUAAUGUUUGCAUAGCUGGCGAUAACUCUCAGGCUGUUUGAAGUGCUGGUACCCGAGUGCCACUCCAUGUCGAGUCGGACAAAGUGCAGAGCGAUUUCUCAUUGUAGUCCAGAUAACACUUGUCAAGGUUCGUGACGAACUCCAUGAACUCGCCAUGAGCUUCGAUGUCUCUUGUUUGCUUAUCGCUCCUCCACCAAUGGUCGUCGCUUGGAAUGUCGACGGUCUGUCCAUCGCCGACAUCGCUCCCACGUCAAAGGAUUUUUUUUACGAUGAGCAAUUAGAAACCAGGAUCCACCCUGGGUAAUUUUUACCUCUAUCGGCUGAUCAAAGCACCAGUUUGCGUGUUUCACCUGUCUGAACACCCGAAUAGCCUCUGUGAGAGUAGUUUUGAGAAGGAAAGUAGAGAGUUGGUGAGAGUAGUUGUGAAGACGUUGCUGGUGUCAUCACAUAACGGUCGUUAAUACCAGAAACUUCACGUGCGGGGUUCACUCAACGAUGUGUUUUUCUACUUUGUCGAGUAACUUGUUAGAAAGACAGUGUCCGUUGAACUGUAGUCAAUGGCAGUCGUUCUCGACCUCCUGAUCCUGACUCUGGCACUACAGACACUUCAGUCACCUGCCACUGCCAUGCCAGAGUUCGACGCCAGCAAACCGUCGGUGGUGACGCUGUACGAAAAGGAAACGACGGUGACUACACUGUCCACCGAGAACUGUACAGACCCCGGCAACUCGCCCACGGUCAGUCUCACCAGCGUCACACCUACAACACCGUGUGGACAGAUCUGCUUUCAGGUCUUGCCGUGUGGGACAGAAUGGUGUGUGUACUUCUUCCCCUCAAUGGGGACACUGGACUACCGCAAGGCGUCUGCCUACUACGUCACGGUCACGUGCACGGCCAACGGCAGCUCCGUCAACAAAACCAUCAACGUCAGGCUCACCCCCAACACGCCGCCGAUAUUUAACCCGGAUGUAUCCUUCCAAACCACGACCCUAACCAACACCAAGAAUGUCAAGGCUGGAACUAAGAUCUUCACCGUCGGCGCUGUUGACGACAACAACGACACCAUCAUCUACACCAUGACGUCAGAGCCUCAAUCCAGCAAUUUCCAGAUCGGCAGUGGCACUGGGGUCAUCACGGCUGUCCAUGACCUCAGCUCGCAGUGCAGCAACAGCAUCACCUUGCAUGUCUACAUCAGUGAUGGCGUCAACCCUAGAGUCGGUCCCCAGGACAUCGUUGUUACUUUGAGCGAUCCGAACGCCUCCCCGGACAUAACCAACCUCGACAGAUCCGUGCAGGUCCUGGAGAGCAAGGCGGUUGGGGACAGCAUCAUGACGUUCACACCAACGGAUGAGGCAACGAAACAGCUGACGUAUACUCUAAGUGCUGACCCACCCUCCAAUCUGGCCUUCUUUGAUACAUCAGGACAAGACAUUGUGGUGAAGUCCACGCUGAACUACGAGACUGUAGCGACACGAACCACCAACCUGACGGUUGUGGCGCAAGAUGCCAGCGGCUGUACGUCACAACCCCACUACCUGUACGUCACAGUCACUGACGUCAACGAGAUGCCUCAGCUGUACCCGAAGAACGCGGUGUACACCACCUACGAGGGCUCGAUCACUGUUCAGCCCUCCUGGACGGUGAAGGAUGAGGAUUUUGUUGAUACGAGGACAUACAGCAUCAUCUGGGGGCAACAGCCUCAACAGAUUCAGGAUCGAUCCCAACACCGGCGACAUCUCCUCCAACGUCGACUACGACGUUGACGGUGGCGCCAUGCCCACCACCGUGACCCUGACGGUAAAGGUCACGGACAAAGGCGGCCUGUCAGACAACACCACCGUCACCCUCAACAUCCUGGACAGCAACGACAACCGCCCUGUCGUCAUCAACGGCCCCUACGACU